AUGCCUAGUAAAGAUACAAACAGUGACUUGCUAAAGAGGUUGCCAAUUCCUGAUUUAAAUGAAACGUUGGAGAAAUAUUUGACAAGAGUAGAACCUUUGCAAGAUGCUAGACAGAAUAGAAAAACCAGAAAAUGUGUUCUUUCCGAUGAAAAUGUUGAUCUUAUGCGUACUUUACAUGAAAGAUUAGUCCAAUACGACGGUCAAUUGGCAAAGGAUGUACCUCAAUCAUCGUAUAUUGAGCAAUUUUGGUACGAUGCCUACCUUUUGUAUGAUGCAUCGGUGGUCUUAAACUCCAAUCCUUUCUUCCAAUUGCAGGAUGAUCCCACGAUUAGAGAUACCUCGGAGACUGGCAGUGGUCCUUAUGGUAUUUUUACCGGUCAAGUUAAGCGUACAGCUAAGUUAGUCACCUCCAUUCUCAAGUUUAUUAGGGAAAUUCGUCAUGGAACCCUGACUAAAGACAUGAUUCGUGGAAAAAUUCCACUUUCGAUGGAUCAGUAUGGCAAAUUGUUUGGUUCUAGUAGAAUUCCACCUGGACCAGGACAGGAAUCCUGUCAUUUGCAAACUGAUACAACAUCCCACCAUGUGAUUGUCAUGUACAAAUCGCAGUUUUACUGGUUUGAUGUGCUAGAUGUUAAUAAUUUCCCUAUCUUUUCAACACCGGAGGAGUUGGAAUGGAAUUUAUACUCCAUCAUCAUGGACAAUGAAAAAAAACCGCUUGAUGUCGAUGCUGAUGAGGCGCCAAAUAUUCCCUUUGGUGUGUUUACCACGGAAAAUAGGCGGGUAUGGGCUAAUAUAAGAGACUACGUUUUCCACGACUCGGACCCUGCAAAUUGGAAGAAUCUGAAGAUCAUUGAUAGUGCUUUGUUCGUCAUUUGCCUAGAUGAUGUUUCAUUUAAAAAUGAAGAGAAAGAUGAACUGGUGAAAUCAUUGUUAUGUGGUACCUCAGAGAUCGAACUGGAUCCUACUAAUACUUCAAGGCCAUUUGGUGUGCAACGCGGUACUUGUUCAAAUCGCUGGUACGAUAAAUUACAACUCAUUGUGACAAGAAACGGUAAAGCAGGUAUAAACUUCGAGCAUACUGGCAUCGAUGGGCACACAGUUUUGAGAUUGGCGACUGAUAUUUACACGGAUUCGAUUUUAAGCUUCGCUCGCGGCGUCACAAAUGUGGUUCCUGACAUCUUUCAAAGUAAUGACGCUGUGAAACCAGUUCCAAAUAAACCAUCGCGAGCUAACGUUAUAACGAUUCCAAGGAAACUUGAGUGGAAAGUUGAUUCGUUUUUAUUAUCAUCUCUCCACUUUGCAGAGACUAGAGUUUCCGAUGUAAUCUCCCAGUAUGAAUUUGCUACCUUAGAUUUUGAACAAUACGGCUCUACCCAUAUGAAGUCAACUUUCAAGACUUCGCCUGAUGCUUUCGUCCAACAGAUAUUUCAAGUUGCCUACUAUGCGCUUUAUGGUAAAUUCGAGACUACAUAUGAACCCGCAAUGACCAAGAUGUUCCAAAACGGCAGAACAGAAGCUAUCAGGUCAGUGACUCACGAAUCCAAACGAUUCGUGAAAUCAUUGUUUGAUCGUAAACCCACAGAUGAAGAACGCAUCAAGCUCUUGCAGCAGGCCUGUGCAGAGCACUCGCGGAUUACAAAGGAAUGCUCCAUGGGCAUGGGUCAGGAUCGUCAUCUGUACGCCUUGUACUGUCUAUGGAACGAGUCUUACAAGGACCAGAUACCACUGCCACCUAUUUUCCAGGAUAAUUCGUGGAGUCUUCUCAACACAAACGUGCUCAGUACGUCGAAUUGUGGUAACCCAUGUCUAGCGUCCUUUGGAUUCGGCCCAGUGACAGCCAAUGGGUUCGGUAUUGGUUAUAUCAUUCGCGACAACUCGGUUUCCGUUGUUGUUUCUUCAAGACACAGGCAAACGCACAGGUUCCUCUCUUUGAUUGAAAAAUCGUUCUUGGAGGUCGAUCACAUCUUCGAAAGACACGCUGCCGGGAUCAGUGCAGUCAGUGCCCCAGUUGACGAUGAUACGAGACGCACCACCGCGAAGCCCAGGGCCAACUCUGCACUGAAAUCGGAGGAUCUCAGGUUCCUACUUGGUGGGUACGAUUAUUUCGACGUGAGUGUCUCGGGAUAA